GCCGCCAGCCUGCCCAGUGGAGAAGAGGGCAGAGCAGAACGGGGAACUCCUGCAGUGACCAAACACUUAGCAGAGACUAAAGCAACCACUGCAUGGUGCGUUUUGUGGAGGUGCUUCCCAGUCCUGGGGCCUGUGAGCAUCCCAGUGCAAGCUCUGGGCACCCCAGCACCAGUACCCCAUGUCCCAGCCCAGCACCAUGCUGAGGAGCAUCCCUGUGGGCAGAGGCCAGGCAGGGCUUGCCCUGUGCCUCUCAGCAGGCAGCACACCUGCAGGCAGGUGAGGAGGGUCUGGAGGGAGCCACGUGACAAGCCCCACCAUGGGGUUUUUACAGGCGUCUGUGUGUCCCUGGGGGAGUGUCUCCCACACCUUGCAGGAGGCAGGACCGCAGCAGCACCUCUCCCGCUCUCCCUCACCGCGGCCAUGUCCGGAGCAGCCAUAGGGAAAGGCACAGCCCCAGAACCCGACAGCUCAGAAGAGGAGCUGGAACGGGGGGCUGAACCCCAGGCAUGCUAUGGGCAGGGUCUGUGGGUCUCCCAUGGAAGAGAAGCAGCCGCCUGUCCGGGGGACACCGAAGGGAUGAAGGUGAGGAAGAGGAGCAGGCCGGUGCGCUCCAAGGCCAGGAGGAUGGCUGCCAAUGUCAGAGAGCGCAAGAGGAUCCUGGACUACAACCAAGCCUUCAACGCCCUGCGGCUGGCCCUCAAACACGACCUUGGUGGCAAAAGGCUUUCCAAAAUCGCUACCCUUCGGCGAGCCAUCAACAGGAUCACAGCUCUGUCCCUGUCCCUGCACGGCACCGGGCGCUGCUGGCCCUGUGCCCACUCUGAGUGCCGUGGCCGGGCUGGGGUCCCUGUGCAGGAGCCAGAGACGAAGACCACCCACCCCCAGUUCCCCUGGGAGCCCAGCUGUGCAGGCACUGCCGGCUCGCAACGCUGCCCUCUGUCUCCUCUCUACACUGCAUUUUCCCCGCAGAAGCAGUUCCAACGCUAUGAGAGCCCAAAGGAGGAUCGCUCCAUGCCCAGCCCUGCCUAUUGCUCCAGCGGGACGCACCACCCCGGGCUCCGAAGCCAGCAGAGAUACAUGGGCAGCCUGCAAGAUGCCCUGGCCGGAGCGGUCCCCUGGCAGCUGGGUUAUUGCCAGAGCUGGGGACAGCAGCAGUGCCUCCCCAUCCACUGACCUGCAGGCCUGGGGUGCCAAAACGGUGCCAGGAAGGUAACGCAUCCGCGGGACUAACUGGGGGAGCAUGAAGGGAGUGUUGUGUGAGAGAGAAGCACUGCGGGAUGCAGAGCUCAGCUGUGAGACCCCAACAUGCCUUACGGGACCCC